AUGAACGACUCGAGACGAAAUAGGCGACCCGACAGUCGUCAAAUGUGGGACGAAUCCGAGAAACGCGACAGGCGCGGAGGACGUGACAGGGAUAACAACGACCGUGAUCGCGAUCGCAGAAGCUACAGGUCACGAUCGCGCGAGCGCCGUGGAUACAGAGAUCGAUCAAGAUCUCCAGAUAGAAGAAAUAAGGACAGAGAUGGAGAUAGGAACCGACCCAGGGAUAGAGGCCCCCGGCAUCAUGAUGACCGGGACAGAAGGGACAGACGGAAAGAUGAUAUAGAGGAUGCGCCGCCUAGACCUAGACGGGAUGAGCGUCGUGAUGAUUUGAAGGACAGACGAGGCAAACCCCGUCGUUCAGCCUCACCACAAACACGCAGUCCUUCAAAUGAGACAUCGCUUCCCACACGCACUCGCCCCGAACCUAAGCGUCCAGCACCUCACAUGUCCUUCAACGUCGGCUCUCGUUCAAGCCGCUCACCACCACCGCCGCCGUCAAACGCUGAACGUGAAGAGACAAAGGCUCACUCAGAAGAUGGCGAGGCUUCAGACAUGGACGAGGACCCUGUUGUGGCAGAAGACGACGACGUGGCCGCCAUGCAAGCCAUGAUGGGCUUUGGUGGGUUCGGAACGACAAAGAACACAAAGGUUUCUGGAAACAAUGCUGGCGGCGUGCGAAAGGAGAAAAAGACCGAGUACCGCCAGUACAUGAACCGAAAUGGUGGUUUCAACAGACCUCUGAGCCCUUCUCGCUAA